AUGGCAGUACUAGCGCCCCAACUGGUUGGGUGGCUAUGUAAUAUUAGGGUGUUGGUUUUCACACAAAAGGUUUUAUUGGUGUGGAGAUGUUUGAGGUACAGUAAUGUCAUUGGGGCAAGUACAUAUGAUGGUGUUGUUGGCAUCAUUAGUUGUCUCAGUUGUGGUACAGGAAAUCCCUUGCUAAUCAUGCAUGCUGCAGUGCUUCUCAGACACCCUCACCUUCAACCCUACGUUCUUAAGGUUCAUCUCAAAUUAAAUAGCCCUAGGCGCAACAGUUUACCCACUCACUGGCAAUAUCCAGAGGAAGAAGAUGUUCCAGUUUCAACAAUUAGAGAGAAGCGGCUGUCAUUUGGAAAUGACAGGACUUUGAAUCCAAGUAUAUCGGGAGCUGAGCAAGAUUCUUCUGUCAAUACUCAAAGAAAUCCAUGUACCCCUAGUUUUUUGAAUCGAAAAAUGGCAGAAUUGUCUGUUGGCAGCACACAUGAAGUCACAACCAUCAGCAAGAGAGUUGUUUCAAAAACUUCAAAUGUUGCCAAGAAUCAAAGAUUGACUCCAACAAAAACGUCUGACACUACUAAGAGACAAACUGAGCUAUUCAAGAACCGUGAACUGGUAAGACCAAAUUGUUUACAUUUCAUUUCCAUUUUGCAGUGGUUAUGA